AUGACUUCCUCGUACCCUGCACACUCGGCCACCAUGGACGACCCAGACCAAGGCUGGAAGCCAAACAACCGCCCUCAAUCCACCCUAGCCCGCAACUUCAUGUCGGAGCUCGACAGCCUGUUCAACUUGGACGAAGGUCUCGCGACCCUGGACAAGACGGUCCUGGAGAAGAAGCAGGCAGUCACGACCCAGACCAAGGAGCUCGAGGCCCUCGAGGCCAGGCUCAAGGCCGCCGAAGAGCGCCUCAACCAGGCAAAGAGCAACUCGCCCCCAGCCAAGAGCGACACCCAGCGCGAGCAAGACGCCGCUCGGUCACAAGGGGCCGCCAGCCCCCUUGCCUCAAAGUCCCAAAACAUGCCAGGUGCGCUACCAGAGACACCGACUCCUACAUCGACUACCAGUGCUGACUAUGUCCUGGUAGAGAGGCCGCUGUCCGCCAAGCCUGAGACCUCAUAG